AUGGAAGAAGCCGAAAAGCCAAAUAUUACAAAUGGAAUAAAUGAAAAUAAACAUUCAAUACCAAAUGAGUUAUCAACUGCACCAGAGGAAAAAUUUGCAAAAGGAUUCAUGUUAUGGGGUGGAAUUAGCAGUAAAGGUUUAAUUCCAGAAGUCCAUUAUUUAUUGAUGAAUUUCUCGAGUAAAGAAGUUAGUGUACCUGCAAUGCAACAAUUAUUUCCAGAUAACGAUUACAUUUUUGAAGAUGACACAUCUCGAAUUCACCAUACAGCAGCCGUUAAAAAAUUUGUAGAAGAAAAUAUACCUGAUCGUAUCGAUUUUGAUGAUCAAGCCGUGAAGAUGGAUGAUGUAUGGCCAAUAGAAAAUUUUUGGAGUAUCAUCCGACAAGAAUUAGAUGAAUAUGUAUUUAAUUCAUUCCAAGAUGUUAAACAAAAAAUUGUUGAUAUAUGGCAAAAUUUUAGUCAAGCAAAAUGUGAGAAAAUGAUGAAUAGUAUUCCAAAAAGAUUAAAAGCCAUUGUUCAAAAACAAGGUCAGCGCAUCAGCAGAUUUGAUUAUUGA